AUGACGAAAGAAGUUAUCGAGUCACCAAUCCCCAGCAAGAAUAAAACCGUAGCUCAAUUAAAGAAUUCUCACAUGAAAACACUGAGAUCUAAUUCUAGCGUUGUGGAUGAAGCGAGCAAACGACAACGACUAGUAUCUCCAGAUAUAAAUCAUGCAAUUAAUAUGAACAGAGCAAGCUCCGCAACCCCCAGAGCUGGAUCACCGAGGCUAGUAAAUAAUAUGGACUCGGACGAGAUCUUGAAAAAACGAUUAAAGUACUAUAAUUUGGAUUACGCUGAUAAUAAAGAAGACUUUUUACACGAUAUUUAUGAUCCUAAUUCCAAGUGGUUCAGCAGAUCUGUAAAGCCGGAGUUCUUGGUAGAGGAGUGUAUUCCGUACGAGUUGGAAAGUCACAAGGAUCAAGCUAGCUACCUCUGUCACAUAGUUGUCAAUCUAUAUAUUGCCAUCAAUUCACUGGAUAUCCAAGGUUUGAUAUCUAUUUCAAGUAAAGACCUAGCCGACAUGAAACAUGAGGUGGACAAUCUGGCGUUAAAAACUGAUCUGUUUCGAUUAUCCGAAACUUUCCCGGAUCCAGAGACAUUAAGCAGCGAUAUUGCUGAUUUUGAUGAAGGAGAAGAUGAGGAUGACUUGUUCGAUGAAAACGAGUUCAUCGAUGCAGGGGGUCCAGAUUUCCAUGCAACUGGAAAAAUAACAGCGAAAUCAGCUUCCAUUAUCAAUGUUAAUCAUUGGACUAAUGAAUUAAAAAACUGUAUGCAUUUCGAGUUUCCGAUAACGUUGAGAAAAUCUCUAGCCAAAGUCUACUACUACCUUUCUUUGGUGAAAGGACAAAAAGUAUAUAGACAGAUGCACGUUGAUAUGUUCGACCUAUUAGUGAAUGUGGAUGAUGAUAACACUAACUACACGGAUCUGCUAUUUGAAGCCGGCUUACGUUUAGAUCAUCACAUAAUGCUACAAUUUUUGGAAGAUUUUUUGCUUCAUCCAGAGUCAGACUUGCAACUAUUUAGACUCUUACUGAAGCUGGCACACAGUGCUAAAGCUUUUUACGACGAUGAGCAUGGUACUGUCCUGACAAAAAGCAUGGAGUAUUUACUCUCAAGUCUUGCACCCUCAACUAUGGCGUCAGUAAUGCCUAUAAUAACUUCAUUUGUUCCUUAUCAGUACAAAGAGACAGCAAAAAUUGUGGAUUAUAUUCCUUUCUGUUUCGGAUUUUGGAGCUCAUUCGUGGGAUACGUGGGUGUGGAUACGCACAUGUAUGAUUUUAUGGGAACUGUGGCUGAAGAUGCUCAUUGGAAGCUUCUCAAAGGAUCACCAGCUUCAUCUUUCAUUAAGGUAAAUGAGUUUAUGAUAUUGACAGAAGCGCAAAUGUCGUUCAUGUUCAAUAAGUUACAAAAUAAUCUGAAAACUGAUGGACAAAUUCACUCAUACUCUCGAGCUGUUAGACCUUUUGUUUAUUCUCUGGUUGGGAAUAAGUCAGAGAUGUAUUUCGAAAAACUUUCGGGGCUAGUAAAAUCAAUUGCAACAUAUGUCCAUCCUUCCAACAGUGGGUUUUGGACGAAAACAAUAUCCAAGUUUGUGCACAGCUUUAUUAAAAUGUAUCACGGAAGAGCCGUAAAGGAAAAGAAGUUCAAAUCUGGUGAUUCUGAUCCAGGGUCACAUUUUUUUCACCUCAAUGCAGAAUGCAACGCCAAAUUGUUAAAUACUUUUCUGGAUCUCUUGUUCUCCGGAGCACAAAAUAAAAAUAACGAUGUUUCAAAUCAGUACAUUUCAAGUUUGGCUUAUUUGAUUGAUUUGGCUCCUAAGCAGUCUCAUCUAGUGUUUAGCAGGAUUUUGACGGACCUUUACGAAGCGUUAUCCGGUGAGCAUAUCAAUUCUACUCAUCGACUAGUCGCGUCCUUGAAACAAUUCAACAGAGUUGUGAGAUAUAUGGUAAUGGACAAAAUUUAUCGGGUUCAUACAACUAAUGUGCUCAUGAUGUUAGUCUCUAAAAUAGAUAUGAAUGACAUUAUUUUGACUAGCAAUAUCAUUAACGGAAUUGUCUCAAUUGCUUCCUUUAUCCCUAUUCAAAACCUUGUAGAAGAGAACGAGUAUAUUACAUUCGAGUCAAAUACUCUUCCUUUCAUAGAGCAACAUUAUUAUCAUUUCAGGGCCGACCAUUCAACCUCCGAGUUUCUGUAUGAUGAAGAAAUCUUGAAGAAUGCGUUCCGUGCUUCAACAACUAUUUUUGAAAAUGCACUUAGAACAUAUGUGGAUAAACUCUUUCAGUUAGCUGACGUUGAUUUAGAAGAUGGCUUUGUAACAAAGCUUAACCAAACAACACUGAUUUUGGUGGAAUCUAUGGACGAUAGAAUGUUCACAGCUUUUUCGGAUAUAUUUCGAAGAAAGUUCUGGGAUAAUGAUUCCUUUAAAGAAAAGAAUCCACAUUUUGAACUGGUUACAAUACCGCUUGCAUGUUUGGUAAGAAAUGAUAGCUCUCUGAGCAAACCGCUAUUCCAAAGUUUGACGCAAAAUAUCCGGGAGCAGGUUGGUCGAGGAGCCGGCUCGAUUAGAGGAAGUACGGAAAUCCAACCAAGAGAUUUGAAGCUUGUGUUAUACUUAUCUGCUUUAAAUGACAUUUUGAGGCAAUCAGGCAAAGAAAUUUUGGCUUUUAAAGAUGAGUUAAUUGAAUUUUUGAAGUAUAUAUAUGAUAAUAUAACAAAUCCUCCAUUGGAUGUGUUCACUUCCGUUAUCAUUCACCACGCUUGUGCUAGUUUGACUAGUACCGAAGUUGUUGAUUACCGUUUGUUUCCAAAAACCUCCAAAAUACCUUCUGAUCAAAGGUGGGGUGGCCUUCAGUUCGACAAACGAAAAUUUCUGGAAGAGCAUAUAGACUUCGCUUGGCAUGUUCCUACAGCUGCAGAGGUGAGUUUGGCAAUUGAAAUGUUUGAAACUGUGAUAGAUCAUUGUAUAAAUCGUGUGAAGAGCCUAAUGGAGAGUCCUGAAACAGAUUCGGCGUAUACGGACAGGUUACAGAAGUACAUUUUAAUUGUUACACAUGCUUUGUCGGGCUCAAGUCUCCUCUUUGACCCUGACUAUAACAAGAACUCCACAAUUUCAACGCCAGGAAAAGAUUACAGAGAAAAAUUGUUGCUAUUAAAGAGCAUUCGUGACAACAACUGUGACACAGAAGAGCUUGAUAUUGAUAUAGAACAAAUUCGCUCGGAAGUGGACAGAAACUCUUCUGACAAUCCAAACAACUCUUCUGUUCUGCAAAUGUCAAACGAGGACAAUAGCUUCAUUGAAGUUAAAAACGAAGACUCUAAUGAUGUAAUUAUGGAAGAGGUCACUGAAAUCUCUGCCUUACCAUCAGGUAUAGCAACACCUGAACCCGGCACACAUUUUGGUGGAAACGUAAAUUCCUGCAUGAAUUCUAGGCUGAUAUUCAGAGAUCUGGAUAUUUACGCUUGUAACUACUAUUUUGGAACUUCUGUUUCAGAAAAACUGAAAAAUCCUCAAUAUUUACAAGUGCAUAAUGUUAGAAACAGAGUUGGUGUAUUCUUCCACAAGCUCUAUAAGUUUCUCCAAAGCAAUUACGAUAACAACACCAAUGUUUUCCAAAUUUUACUACACGGUAUCAAGGUCUUCUUUACAGAUGUCGGGCAGGAGACAGUAUUUAAUGAUGAUCCCAAUGCUUUCCUUGAUUUAGACUUCUUGGAAAAUAUUCAAAGUUUGAAUGGAUUAAGUCUACCUUACACUAGAACCUGUCUGGCAGCCAAUGCUAACGAUUUCCACCAAGCUCGUGUUUUAUUGCAUUCUACCAAUCGUCAUCCAUCUACUUUAGAGGCCCAACUGUUGUGUGACAUAAUCAAUCUCUCAACCUCUGUAUACCCGGACAUCCAUAAACCGGCUCAAGGUACUCUAUUGCAUUGUAUGAAGCAGUUCAUCGGAUCUUAUUCGAUUAUUAUAAACAAGGCAAUCUCUUGCUUAAAACAAGUACUGUUGUCGGGGAAUUAUAUGAAAAUGGAAGCAGUGCUGAAGUUGUUCAUGAUGAAGAAAAUUAACAGAAAGCUGAUGUCUGACUACAAAAACCUCAAAGAGCUUAUUUUACUUCUAGUAGAAUGUUAUAAAGUCAACGAGCUGGAAAUUGCCAUGCAGUCGGAUCAGAUUUUAAAUGAAAUAGCAAGUGGUUUAAAGAUACCAUCAAGUGUCUGUAUUCUUGAUUCUAGAGCAAAAACAACUCUGGCCCCACCGGACAAAAGUAUUGAUUUGCAGGUUGAAGCUGUCAGACGCGCAAAAGAUAAAAAGCGGAGGUACUAUUUCUCUCUUCUGGAGAAUUUACAGUCUGAAUUGCUAUUGAAGUUCAGCACGAAAGAGAAUUUUGGCUGGAAGUUACCAGUUUUUAUGAUGCGUCUCGUUAAUAAACUGCAAUUGAAUCUGGAAACUACAGUUGAUCAAGGAGUCAUUAGUUUCAUUUACAUUCAGAUGAAGUCAAAUCAUCCUGGCCUGAUUCAUCUAGGAGUGAAAACCUUCUUUGGAAUAUUUGAUAAAAUUUCCACUUUAUCAGAUUAUGACUACGAUAUCCCUAAAGUGUAUGAUUCAAAUUAUGAGUUACGAUUCACAGAAAAAUUGGAUACAUCUAUACCAAACAUGAAUGUUGUUUUCAACAAAGAAAUGAAUAAUUUCAAGUCACCCAAUUUUUUCAUUGAUUCUCGUAUGUAUGUUGGUUGGCUAUGUUGGGGUAGAUCUGUGGAAGUAAUGAAACCGGUUCGAGUUGAACUAAAUGUUAGGGAAAAUGAACGAGAAAGCUUGGAGAUCAUGGGUAGCUUGAUUUCCAAAGAGUGGCUAAAGAUGAAUACUGAAAAUCUAGUUCAAGACAACGAGACGCAUGGCGUCUUUAGCAGUUGCAAUGUUUCAUUUUUUAUUAUGAUCAUGUGUCUGAUCUCUAACGGGUAUACUGCACUGAAACUUGAUGAUAUAUUUGAUUUAUGCAGGGAGCAUUAUAACAGAGACGACAAAGCUGCAAUGAUCAUGUCUAUUGAGAUUUUUGCCGCUUUAGUUUGUAGCAGUAAGAUGCUCAAAGAAAAAGAGCUCAAGUUUAGGGACGAAUUCGUGGAUAAUUUUCUUCAGAACUGUUUAAAUGUGGAUCUAAAUCAAGAUGCUUCAGACAUUUGGAGCACCAUGUGCUGGUGGUUACCAACAACCGUUGAUAUUAGGAGAUGCGAACCAUUUUACCGUCAAUUUUCACAAAUUCAUGAGCUCUUGAAUACAAACUCAGAUGAUGCAGGUCAUCAAGCAUCAAAACUUUUGAUGUUGAAAAGUAUGAUUAUGUCUCUAGAAUAUAAAAAUCCGAAUAUUGCUCCAAUCUUUGACAGUCUAACAAUGCAGCAUCCAUACGACCAGGUUCGAGAAGCUAUUGCUCAAGUUCUUUGCUCUCUGAUAACCACACAGAGCUGCCCUUCAUGGGAAAAUGUUGCAAUCAUGAUGGAAGCCGAAAGGGUCAGUCCUGGAGGUCUGGGCCUCCCAGUUAAGCAGCUUCCAGCGGAAAUUGAUAAUUUUAUUAAAAGGCAAUUUCUAAAUAUACUUGAAGAAAGUCGUAAAGUGGAAGGUUUGACUCCACAAGAAAUUUUGAAGACCAAAUUUUUCUAUAUGUCUUCGACUAUGUUCUAUUGGAUAAAUGAAAUGGCAAGAAGCAGUAAUAAAAUUCUAUUGGUGCCCUACGUCGUCGAUUAUUUGGCGCCAUUUUUAUUGACAUUGUUAAAACAUAAGGAUGUUUGUAAAUUAUCAGGUUUAGAUCCAGUACCACAAUUUAUUGGUUUAUCUUACAUGCCAAUUAGAAGGGAAAAUAUAGGUGCGUUAGUGAAGUUACUUUGUAACACCAAUCUGACUUCCUCAUCGUUUCAAAUCAAGCUACAGUUACGUUUCAUCCAACACUUUUUCUCAUCACAACUGUUGCAAUUGACCAAAGCUGAAAAGGACUACAUUUUAAAUGCACUUGUCGAUCACCUUUAUAAUCAAAAAUAUGUUGAAGUAAGAACCAGCGCGGCAGAUGUACUUUCCAAUAUCGUUCACAACUUGGGUGAAAAAAAUCAAGAACUGCAGCUAUUAGUAGAUCGUUUCAACUCAGGCUUAGGUAACUACUCCUGGAAAGAGAAACAAAAACUAUCCAAGACAGACACCAAUGUUCACGGUAGUAUACUUGGCUUGGGUGCUAUCAUAUCGGCGUUCCCAUAUGCCUUCCCAUUACCACAAUGGAUUCCUAGACAAUUGAGUAACAUUUCAUCAUGGGCUAGAACAAAUGGUAUGGCUGCCUCGGCCUCUAAAAGUAUUAUAAGUGAAUUUAAAAAGGUAAGAACAGAUACCUGGAAAUUUGACAGACUUGCUUUCACCGCAGAACAGUUGGAAGACUUAGAAGGUGUUUUAUGGAGCAGCUACUACGCAUAA